CCAGAGUCCGUGAUACAGAUCAAAAGUUGUAUUAUGAAAGCAUUGAGCAUUCACUCUGCUAGAUAUUUACGCGCUUAUAAAGGAGAACAUGCGAUCAAUCGACAGCUCGAGAAUGCGAGGAGUUGAGUGAAACUUUGGGUGAUGUUAGUCGUGUGCAUAGGUCGAGACCGUUCGCCCACAGUGACAUCAAAAUUAAAGCUGCAGGCUUGGCGCCCAUUUUCGGGUGUCAACCCUCGCCCGUCGACACUCCAAAACCGUCACCACAACAUCCUCCCUUCAGAACAUUGCCAUCUCUACGGGAGUUCUGAUCCUAUCUGAACUAGGGUCGACUCUCGAUCCUUCUCAUCUUUCGUCUUCGGAUUGAGCGUCUAGAGGCAGUCGCGCGGGAGCGCUGACAAACAAAUUCCUGGUUCCACCAUGGCCAGCAUCGCAUCAAAGAACCUCUACGAGUUGCUCGGCAACGACCCUGAGCUUGACCCGGACCGCGAGCCAGAGCCUCCUACGAGAGCCAUCGACAAGCCUUUGCCACGCUCUGGCAAGCGCGACACCGGCCCCCAACCCCCCGCUGAGCCAGCCAACCGUAGAGGCGGUCGUGGUGGUGCACGCAACAAUGCCACCGGCAACGAACGAGCAUUCAAUGAUCGCGAUGCAGGAAGCGCUCAGAACCGCUCUCGUGGCCCAGACGACAGUGUUCGUCGUCCUGACCGCGCUCCUCGCAACUCUGAGUACCGCGGACGCGGCCGUGGCGGGCCAGGUGGACGUGGCCGUGGUGGCAGGAGAGGAAGUGCUGGCAACAUGGACCGCCAUGACAAGAGCGGCAUUGCUGAGCACCCUAAGCAGGCGGCUCAUGGUUGGGGUGGACCAACCGGCCCCGACGAACUUGCUGACGAGAAGGCUGGCGAGGCUAUCGCCAGAGCCGAGGAGAGCGAGGGCUUUGACACGAGCGUGCCACCACCGGUUGGUGCCGAUGGUGAGACUCUAGGUGAGGAGCCAGCUGAGCCAGAAGGUCCAAAAUCAAAGAGCUACGAGGAGUAUCUGGCCGAGCAGGCCGAGAAGAAACUCAAUCUGGGCAGCAACUUGCAGACUCGCAAGCCAAAUGAGGGCACUAACAAGAAGUUCCCUGAGGGCAAGGCAUACACUCGCGAUGAGGAUGACUACAUUGCCGGCAGUGGUGGCAAGGCGACUCGUUUCCGUGAGAAGAAGGAAAAGGUUGCCGUGGACAUGAGUGACGUCGAUCCACGCAGCUACCUUGCUGAGGGCGAUCGUCAGGCUUCUCGAGGUGGCAGAGGCCGUGGCCGUGGCGAUCGUGGCAGCGAUCGCAGCCGUGGCGGCUUCCGCGGCGAUCGUGGCAGCGAUCGUUCUCGAGGCGAAUUUAGAGGUCGCGGCGGCCGUGGCCCCGCUCCACCUCGCGCUGAUGACAACAAGGCGUUCCCAUCUCUUGGCGCUUAAGCACUAUUCAAACCUAUCUUCAUGGCGUCCAAACGUGUCGCACUGUAGCAGCGUUGCGACUGUUCAUCCAAAAGCAAGGGCAAAAUGGCAGGCUAAUGGUCUCAUUUUCGGGCCAGAUUUCUUAUAGUUCAAUCAGAACCGACCAAUAGUAACUCGUUUUUGAAACGUAACAGAACUUCCGUAA